AUGAUUCUAAAAGUGCUCCGUGAGUACACUCAUCAGGGACUGUGGGCUGUGAUGAAUGUCGACGCCUCAAUAGUCCCACGCCGACAGGAACGAUGCAAGGCUAUACUGCACUUACUUUCUCGCAAGGACAAGGAUAUCUCAGCACUUGUCAAGAACUACCGCCUGCUGCGUGACUCGCUGAUAGAUGUGUGCGACAAGAACGUGCCUACCGGUAGCAGCACGGUGGUCAACAUCGACCACUUCAAUCUCAGGCGCAAGGCUCCCUUCCAGGCUGUAGUGCCGCUCUCCUCAACGCUGACAGCAAGACUGCCCAAUGUCAG